CGGAAGUUGGCCUGGCCGACCCGGGGUUCCACUGCAGGGACUGCGUCCGGGCGAUCGUGAUGUGUUCGCAGCAACAGGCCUUCACCACCAGACUGAGAUGACUGCCCUGCCUGUCUAAACAGUUUACUGAACUUCCUCCUCCCUAGAGGACGACUGCUAUCCCCUUCAAGCUGUCUUCCAGGUACGAGCUGUCGGGGAAGGCCGACAGCUGCCGAGAGCCUGAACUUUCUCUCUCCCUGGCAGAUGAAGUGUGUGCUGGUGGCCACGGAGGGGGCUGAGGUCCUGUUCUACUGGACCGACAAGGAGUUCGAAGACAGUCUCUGGCAGAAGUUUGGGCUGUCAGAGGACAAGGAAGGAGAGCGCCCUGCUCUGGAGGACCGCCUCAGCACGCUUUUUGCCCCUGUGAUCAUCUCCUGUACAACCAUGCUAGAGAAACUCUCAGACACCUACACCUGCUUCUUGGCUGAGGAGAGCAAUCAUCUGUAUGUCCUUCACCUGUUUGGUGAAUGCCUGUUUAUCGCCAUCAAUGGUGACGGCACAGAGAAUGAGGACGAGCUGCGUCGGAAGGUGUAUGUACUGAAGCAUCUGUUUGAGAUGCACUUUGGACUGGUCGCCCUGGACAGUCAUCUCAUCCGGAAGGAGCUCCGGCCCUCAGACCUGCAGAAACGCACUCAAGUGUGGGCCCUCUUCCAGGGCCUGCUCCAUACAUACAGCCGCCUCCGAGACCAAGAGCAGAGCUUUAUGGUGGAGGCUGUCGAGAGGCUAAUCCACCCCCAGCUCUGUGAACUAUGUAUUGAGGCCCUGGAAGAACGUAUCGUUCACCACAUCAAUACCCGCUCUGAGAAUGGUGGGGAGGAGGUCCUCCAUGCCUUCCUGCUUGUCCACACCAAGCUGCUGGCCUUCUACUCCAGCCAUCACGCUAGUCCCCUACGCUCAGCAGAUCUCCUCUCCCUCCUUCUCAUGGUUCAGGACCUGUACCCCAGUAAUGGCUCAAUGGAAGAGAACAGCAUUCAGGCUUCCCAAGGAAAGACAUCUCACCAGAGACCCAGCAACAGCCAGAACAUUCCUGUGCAGCAAAUAAGAAGCCAUAGCCCACAUUCACCAACUAGGAAGAGUUCAGAGGAGACGGAGACAGACAGUCUCUCAAUGCCUGAGGAAUAUUACACUCCAGCACCCUCCCCUGGUGGACAGAGCUCAGGAAGUGCCGUCUGGCUGGAGGGUGGGACUCCACCAGUUGGUGAGGAUGCCGAAGCUGCCUUUGUCCAGAUAGCAGAGGACACCUUGCAAACACUGGUCCCCCCUUCUCCUGCACCUUCCAAUCCCAGAAGGAUUUUCCUUGAUGCCACUUUAAAGGAGAGCCAUUGUGUUAUGAUGCCUCACACCAUGUACUGCCUGCCUCUCUGGCCAGGCAUCUCUAUGGUGCUUCUGACCAAGAGCCCUAGCUGCCACAUGGCUCUCUCCCUUUACCACCUGCUGGAUGGGUUUUCAGUACUAGAGAAGAAACUGAAGGAAAGGCAGGAAGCAGGGACUGCCCUUCGUUUCCAGCCCCUUCUGGGGGACCUACGCCAGAGGAUGGACAGAUUUGUGAAGAACCGAGGAGGACAAGAUAUUCAGAGCUCAUGGCUAGAAUUUAAGAACAAGGCUUUCUCCAGAAGUGACCAAGGAUCAUACUUGGAGAUCAUCCAGGCCUGUGCAAAGGUAAGGCGGCAGCUUUGCUCCGUGUACCGAAUCUACUUCCUGAGCCCAGUGCCUGGAGGGGGAGGGCCCUGUCUCCCCCAGAGCCUACAGAAACACGCCCAGAGUGUCAUCCAAGACAUCCUGGUGGACUGGAAGGACUUUCUGAUGGUGAAGAGUCAGAGAAACAUCACCUUGGUAUCUUACCUGGAAGACUUCCCAGGGUUGGUACAUUUCAUCUAUGUGGAUCGAACGUCGGGGCAAAUGGUGGCUCCCUCCCUGAACGUCACUGAAAAAGCGACGUCAGAGUUGGGCAAGGGACCCCUGGCCGGCUUCAUCAAAACCAAGGUCUGGGCUUUAGUUGGUCUGGCCCGGCGAUACCUUCAAAAGGGCUACACAACUCUGACGUUUCGAGACGGUGACUACUACUGCUCCUACUUCCUGUGGUUCGAGAAUGAGACGGGGCACAAACUACAGGCGAUAGAGGUACCUGUCCUCUCCGAUGACUCGGCUCCCAUUGGCGUGCUUGGGGGAGACUAUUACAGGAAGCUUCUGCGCUACUAUAGCAAAAGCCACAUGGGAGAAGUAGUGAAAUGCUAUGAACUAAUGACCAUCCAUCUCUCUGUCCUCGCUGUGGACAUCGUGGUCCAGCAGGCAGGCGAGCUGGCCCGGCGGCUGUGGGAGUCAUCCCGUAUCCCCUUGCUCUAGGAGACUGGACUGUUUUGUGGCUCUUGGGUUUCACAAGACAUUUGUUUGGUCUAUUCCACGUCUUCCCUCUUCAGUACCUGCCUGAGGUCCCCAGAUGCUCCACUUUGGGGAUGGGUAUGUCCCACCUCAGGUUCUUAAGUCCUCCAGUGAUGCAGAUGACAGCUGAUCCAUGCCUGCCUGUCUACCGUCUGGAGAAAAAUGCCCUACUCAAUGAUGGCCCUGAGGCAACAGGAUGAAACCCCCAUGCCUACACAUUCUUGGAAAGCCCGACCCUGGCUGGUCCAUGGAAUGCAUGGCACACAGAGAGGCCUGCAAGCCACGAGACCUAUCGUGCUGCAGAUCUUGGCAUUGAUGAUACAGGUGCCACUUUGUGUUUCAGAGAGCAGGUUGGGAGGCAGAGGUAGGGGCUGGGCCUCCCUAGAGUCAUUCCUGCUGCAAGAGAGUGAUGCGCCUCAAACAGAGGCCUUCCACAUUGUGUCCUGAAAAGUUACAGGGAUUUUCAUGUUGAAAUUCAGAGCCACUAAACCUAGAGGUGACUCUCUACAUCUUCACCCAGUGCUUGAUAGCCAGGGUUUUGUGACCUUAGCUCCCUGCAUGGCUUAGAGCACCUACUUUCCUGUUGUUCCUCACUCGAUUCCUUAGGCCGUCUCACAGGACAGAAAGGAAGAGCUCGCUCGAGCAUUUGAGAUUCCUUUCUCUGCUUCUCCACAUCCAGGCUGUCUUAUUGGCCUAUCAUGUGGCAGAGUGGGGAGGAGGCUUAGUGUGGGCCCAUUCCCAAAAAUUGUUCACUCCCAGCCUUGUCAGUGCGCGGGCUGGGACUCAGCGCUUCUUGAUUCCCAGUAAAGGUAGGCGAUGAAGGAAGGAGAAGGCAAGGGCUGUUUGUCCUAUUAAUGGCGCUCCGUUGGAUGGUAUGUCUGUCUUCUGUACAUGCAGUUUGUACUCCAGAACCUGCAUGAAGGAGUAGAAGGAAACAAGGAACUAAAUUCCGGGUUUUCCACAGAGGUUCGCCAAGGAGAGAGGUGCUGAAUUGAAAAGACAUCGAUUGACAGAAAUAAAAUGUAUAAACUACCUUACUGCUUUAUCGCAUUGUAAACCUCACCCCACCCUGCCCGUUUCAUUUCUGGGUACAAACAAGACCACAAGUGAAUGUAUUCACUGAGGAGGUUUGAGUAGCUAUGGGUGUCCUGGUCCGGCAGAUAGAGGAGACCAAAUUCCAGGGUUGAGAUGUGCCGAUGGAGCCCUGCAGCACACGGGACAAUCCAAAUGGAGGUCCGUAGUCUCCUUUCACCAGGAUGAAGUAGCACUGGCUUAAAAAAGAGAUAAACUUAGCAAGAGCCUUAGAGGUCUGGGGCGCCCAGAAAGGACCGAUCACUCCGGGUUAAUCAUUUGGGAUUUUGAGUGCAUCAGGCAAACCUUGUCCUAUGAACCUACAUUCCGUAAGAAUUUCCAAGAAGCUGCCAGUUGGGCAACAGCACAAUAAAUCAAUCUAGAAUUCAGGGGUGGGGAACCUGCAGCCCUUCUCCUGAAGUUUGGAUUCAGUCAAAGGGCUGUACUUGAGAACCUAGAGGGCCACGCGUGGUUCCCCAUCCCUGGUCUAGACUGUUUAAAUAAGAAUUUAAAUAAUACCACCGAUGAGCUUCGCACUGCGUGCUCUAGGCCGAUUGGGAUGCAGCAUUUGAUUGCUCCUCUGGGCUUUCCUACUCCUGAUGGGUGUAGCAGUAAGACAUAUGUCAUUACUUAUUCAACCAUGCAAGAGUUAUCUCAAAGACCCGGGUCUAACUUGUAAAGGAAACACACUGGAAAACUGACAGUUCAAUUACAGAAGAAGAAUGAGAAAAAAAACUAAUUUUCCUCUGUGGCUCUUGGCAGUAUUAGGGCAUGCAGGAAGAAUCUGGGAGGGAGAAUCUGUGCAGGGUCCCUGCAAAUUCAUAAGGAACCCCAAUCCAACCAGCUGCAAAAUCCUACAUUUUACCUCCAUGAUAUCUCUAGAGUCAUUCUCAACUCACGAUGCCACCCCCUAGUUCAAAUCUCCAUCGGCAUUUGCCCGGUCUAACUGGUCCCGCUGCUUCCAUUCUCUCCUAAUCAUCUCACCUUCCUUCUAACCAUUUUCACCACCUGCUCAAAGACCCUCAGUGGUCUUUCAAAGUUACUUUUCUUCAUGUUGUUGUAUCAAUUGUCCUCUUUAAAAAUGCACAGACCAAAAAAAGACAGAAAUGGGGCUGUUUUGUUACUAUCUUGUUAAAUUAAUGUUUACUUUUAAAAAGAUAAACUAUACAUAAUGGAA